AUGUCAUAUUGGGCGGACUUUGAUAACAUCUUCAGCUUCAACAAGAAGUAUCACUAUGAAUCCAAGACUGUUGAGCUCAUUGUGAGCAAUCGUCGGGUGCUGGACAACCAGCUCUUUGCGGAUCGGCUUCUUGGGCUGCUCGGGAUCAAAGGAGUGACGAAAGUGUACCCGCCGAAGACCAAUUCCGACUUGCGAUCUCUGGUCGACCAGAUCGUCUCCUCCGAGUUCGACAUCCAUCAUAAACAAGCUUUGAUCUAUUACAUCCUCAAAGACUGCCGUAAUGCCCAAGGGGCGGCAGCUCAAUUCGCAAACUCCUGUCAUUUCCCGGAGAAGUACCGACUGUUCAUUGAGGGGGUUUGGCAUAUGGACCGUCUUGACUUCCGCGGUGCGAUCGAAUACCUUGCCGAGCCCUCUCUGAUCCCAACCUUCCCUGAUGAGAUCCUCUACACCCUCACUCUCCCUCACAUCCCGAAGCACGAUGACAGUCUCGCUAUCGCCUAUUACCUGACUGCUGCUCCGCCUUUAGCAACUGAAAAGGUUCAACGAGCAUACUUUGAGACACUAGCGCGGUCUGGUGUUACCGAAGCAUUCUUCUUUACUCGCAAGUACGAUGAGUUCCACCGCCACAGCUUUUUCGUCCAGCUCAUUGAAUUUGUGCUCAAAACCUCGCCUGGUCAAACCCGAUCAAAGCGCGCAAUGGAGCUCGUUGGGCUGCCACUGGACGAGGAUGAGGAGGCGUGGUUCCAAGAAUCAUUGCUCCGCGGAGCCGCAAGCCACUUCCCGGGCGCCAAAGAUACAUUGAUGAUGCGUUGCUUUGCUACUGGUAAGAUGGAUGCGCUGGCCGCUGAACUCGAAACCCUCGGAGGUAAAAAGGUGGAGGGCUUGAAUUGGGAUGAUCUGCGAGAAAGUGUGCGUUCCUCGGGGGCAACACCUGCGCAAUGA